AUUAAUAUUUUGGAAAAUAAUUUUAGAAAGGGAAGAAGGGAAGACGAUAAGGAAUGAAAUAGAGUGGACAGAAGAGGACAGUUAUCUAAAUGGAUCUUGCUGUAACUGUAUCACUUCCCUGCUUCUCUCAGACUCACACUAAUGUGAAGUUACAAUUGCAAAGAAGGAGAAUAUCCACAGUUUCCUCUGCACUGGCUGAGACUGCAGCUUCAAUGGCAGUUGCUGUAACUGUUGUUGGAGCAGCAGCUACUCUUCUUGUAAAGAGAUCCAAAACGUCUGAGUCAACACAGAUUCAAUUCAAAGCCUGUGAAGAUUGUGGAGGUUCUGGUAUAUGUUCUGAAUGCAAAGGUGAAGGAUUUGUUCUUAGGAAACGUUCUGAUGAAAGUGCUGAGAAGGCAAGAGUUCAAGCUAAGAAUAUGGCAACUCGAUUCACGGCCGGGCUUCCAAAGAAGUGGAGCUAUUGUACAAAGUGCUCUUCUGGUCGAUCCUGUUCAACCUGUGGUGGCACUGGGAAGUUAAGUUACUAGUUUAGCACUACAUGUUGUCUACACAGUUCAAAGAAAGUUCAUCAGCAUUACACAUGCUCUUGUUGAAAUCACUGUUUAGAAUGAGGCAACAUAAUGAACUCAAGCUGAUGAGUGAUUUACAUCACUUGUUUUCCUUGACCUACUCUGCAUGAAGCAAAUAUUUUGUGUAUAUGAAUUUCAAUGGCUGAGUAUAGCAUACUUUUGUAGCAUUUCCGGAACUAAAAAGGUGUUGAGUUUAAACGGAUCAUGUAGGUUCUAGAUACAAUAGGAUUUGAAUUUUAUUUACGGUCAACAAUAUUUGUGAAAAGAGUAUUGCUAUUUGCAUAACACCCUGAUCCCAUAUAACUUUUUUAAGAAUUCAGAUUAUGCAGUACCAUGUUUUUUGCAA